GUGAAAGUUCGCUAAGCUCCUCCCCUUCGCUUCCGCGUGCCGUGAACUUCAAAACAGCUCAUCCCUUAUGAGAGAGCCGGUGUGCCUUGAACAUAUACUUUGCAGAUCUUGUUCAGGACCCCAUGCUGGUGCAAACUGGAGUCCCUCCUGAACCCCUCAGAGUCCUCAAGCAUGGUCACCGAUACCAUAAAGUCGGAUGAGAGCUUUAUCCCUAAGAAUAAGAAGAACAUCAAAAUAUGGUUUAGCCCAAAGAGUCGUAAAGUACGCUGUUGCAUUGAGAAACCUGCUGACUCAAACAAAUCAAAUGAAGUCCAGGGAAAGAAAGCUGAUAUGUCACCUUCUUCCAAGGACCUGUCCGUCUUCAACUUCACCUCUUCCUCCCAGGAGUCUGGGUCAUCCUCCCCUCCACGGGGGAAGGCAAAUAAGAAAAUAAAGAAAAAAAGGAUCAGCCAAACCUGCAAACAAACCCGUGUUGGUCAAAGGCCUAAAACAUGGACUCAGACUAUGCAAGAAUGUAAGAGGCUGAAGCUGGAGGCUAUCAAUCAGCAGUGGGCCUUUGGAAAAGAAGGUUCUAGAGACAACAAGAAUGAAGAGGACGAGAAAGUGAGCUCUGGAGAUGACAACAGGAGGUCCAGUAAGAGAGUUUCUUUCCAUUUCCCUCGCAGCCAGCCUGAGGAAACUCAUAAGGCUGUCCACCAAGAACAGAAUCAAAUUCCCAGUCCCCAAAAAAGCAUCCCAAGCAAUUUGGAAGUUGAAGACACUGAGAAGCAAAGCUCUGCAGCCUUUUGUUCACCAUGUUACGAUCAACAGGUUGAGCCUGUCACUGAUAUCCCACAAGAAUCCAAUGAAAACACUCCAGGGCCUCCUCAGCCUUCUCUUGCCAGUGUGUGUAAGAGAACCAGAGAGGAUCGGGACAGUGAUGAUCCACAGAGAAUGCCAAAACAACCCAGAACAACUUCAGGAUGGAAGAAGAGAUCAUCUAGAGAAGAAACUGCUUCAACUGAAGACCACUCUCUGAGUCUGAGAACAUCCAGACAGUCCAGUGAGAAGCAGAAUGUGAACCCAAUCACACCAGCUACCCCUGACCUUGGGAAGAAGUCUUCAAGUGUGAGAAACAAACAGGCAAAUCCCUCGUACAUGAAGAGGAACCACAACGGAGAGACGCCACUGCACUUAGCUGCCAUAAAGGGGGAUGUGGAGGAGGUCCGUAAGCUCCUUGCUCAGGGAGCCGACCCCAACCUGAAGGACAAUGCAGGCUGGACACCACUGCAUGAGGCUUGUAAUCUGGGUCACUUGGGAGUGGUGGAGGAACUGCUCCAGCAGGGGGCGCUGUUGAACACUCCAGGCUAUCAGAAUGACUCUCCACUGCACUACGCCGUGAGGAACGGUCAAAUAGCGGUGGUCAAGCUUUUGGUUGAACGAGGCGCAUCCCAAAGUGUCCUGAAUAUGUUUGGCCUGCAGCCGGUAGAUUAUGCGCUGACUCCAGAAAUGCAAGAGGUCCUAAGAAUGGCCCCAGAGGCACCACAUCCUGUAACAACCACCCUGAGCCCCACCACCAGCCUCAGUAAGGCUGCAGGCUGUGUGCGAGAGACGGGUCCACUGGUUGUGAUUGGCAGUCAGCUGACGCAGACUCAGCAGAAGCAGCUCACCAAAGCAGCUCAACUCCUUGGAGGGAAACAAGUGCAGUCCUUUUCUAGAGCAGUCACCCAUGUGGUUGUACCAGAUGCUCCCAUCAUGCCCUCUUCCCUGACCACACUGCAGGGCGUCCUCAACGGCUGCUGGAUCCUCACUUUCAGCUGGGUGAGUUGUAGCCUUCAGGCAGGCAGCUGGGUCGGGGAGAGCGAGUACGAGGCAGGUGACGGGCCCCUGCGUGCCCGCGUGAACAGAGGCAGCCUGCUCCCUCCCCUCUUUGAUGGCUGCUGCUUCUACAUGCUGGGCUCCUUCUGUAAGCCACCAAAACACGAGCUCAUUCAGUUAGUGAAAGAAGGAGGUGGACAGCUUCUGAAUCGCCAGCCCAAACCCGACAGUGACGUCACGCAAACCCUGAGCGCAGCGGCCUACCAUGCCCAGCCUGGUUCAGACCAGGUUCUCUGCACCCAGUAUAUCUUAUAUGAUCCUCAGAGCUCCUACAAACCCCAGAAGGUCCGGGUAGGUAAAGUCUGGUCGGCUCCAUCCACGUGGUUUGUGGACUGCAUAGCUGCCUUUCAACUCCUGCCAGUGCCGGCGCACUAGGCCAUAUACUUGUUGUGUUAUUAUGUUUCUGCUUCAUGACAUCAAAUAAAACCUU